GAAAGCGUUUGGUGCUUGUCCACGGAAAAUGCGGCAUCUGCAAGUGAUAAUUAAGUGCAGCUAACCCAAAACGCAAGGAUAUUACACUGCUGGCAAUUAAUCGAACUUGAAGUUUUCGCUGCUUAUCAAAGUGUUCAAAGAGAGGUUGAAAAAAUUAUUUUUUGUGUAAAUUAAAAAAAAAAACAAAGAUAGAAUAAAAUUUCGAAGAAAAAAUUAAUUUCACGAACAAGAAAUAUAAACAAAUAAUUUGUGUGAAUAACGGCACAUACAUUGAUAGAAAACCCGAAACGGGGAAAAUGGUUUUUUUCUAAACAAAAAAAUGUUUUAUCAUAAUUGAAUUGAAGGCAAAACUACAAAAAACACAAGAAAAUAAAAUAAAAAGCAAUAAUCCAAGUGACUAACUAGUUUGUUGACGUACAGAAAAAUAAAUAACUCGCUGUACUUAUUUACAAAUUUCUGUUUUCUUCGUUAUCCUUGCCGCCGCGCAUACGAGUACUCGCCCGUCACAGCGCGGAAACUAGCCAACUACGUCGACUACGGCCGCCUAGCUUAUGCUAAGCACAUUUCGAGAAAAAUUCUCAAUAGCAAACUAAAAGAAAAAACUAAAAGAUAAAAUUAAAUAAACACAAGAAAAAACAAAAAAAUUAUAUGCAACGAUAAACUUGAAGCGAAAGACAAAUUCCAAAGUGUACUCUGUGGAUGCUGUUUUCCUAUGAAAGCAACAGAAAAACAAGAGCAAAAAUUUGAUACAGCUUUGAAAUACACAAGCAGAGGCACUACGGCCAACAGAGCAACAGAAUUUGCUUAGUUACGCGAUUUAGCAGCCAUUCGUCAUUAAAUGUAGCAGUUAAUAAAUUUUGUUGGUGUGAACAACAUACAUACAUAUAUGGAUUUAUAAGCCAACGUCUCCUAAAUGAUGUUCGAAUAGGUAUCUGCUUAUGGAAAAAAAUCAAUAAAAAGAUUUUUCAUUAUUUUCUACGUGCUAAGUGGACCCAAAUCAAAUACAGCAACGAGGAAUUGACACAAAAGUUACACAAAAUAAUACAUAAAUUAAUAUUUUAGUAGAAAGGCGAGAAAUCUACUCCGAAUUGUGGUGGUAGAAUUUUAAAAUCAGCUAACAACACAACCACAAACGGGAACACGCAAAGUCGCAACCCAACGGAAAUUUUGUGUACGGUUCAUACGAACUGAGUUAAAGGUUUUGUAAGCGAGGUCGACCACUCGCUACCGCAGCAACGAUGCGUUUGUACGUGUUGUGGCUGCUGACAGCUGCCGCGCUGCUAACGGCAACCACUCGAGCGGCGCACGUGCGAGAAGCGAGCAGUGGCAGCUUGGUUAGCAACUAUGCAAAUGAUCCGCGACCUGAUGCUGUGAACGAGGAAACAAGUGACAUUUUGGGCACUGGUGGUGCCUACGAAUUUCGUUUACCACAACCGCAGCUAAACAAACAGCAACAGCAUCAACAUCAACAUAAAACAAAGCGGCCCAACACUACCGCCACUUAUGUAACCACAACAAAAACGAGCAGCACCAGCAGCAGUAGCAGCACUAGUAGUACUAGCAGCAGUAGCGGUGGCAGCGGUAUUGCCAAUCACAUUUCAACAAAAGGGACUACCACACGCCCGGCCGGCUCCACUACCGCCAUAAGUGGCAACAAAGCUGCCAAUGUCACUUCCUCUGUCACGAGGCCUGCAUCAACCACUCAACAGUCGGUCUUUGCUUAUAAUGUAUCGAUGACACCACAGCAGCCGCCAAUCCAUACAGCAGCGCCAGAUGUUGCUAAUGACGAAACGGCAGUGACCUUCAGUUCUGAGAAGGAUGGUGAUUCAUCAAAGAAAAUUAUCGGCUCCAGCGUGGUAACCUCCGUUUCGGUAAUACUCAAUGGUGAUGAGCCAGAAUUCACUGAUGCCCUUGGCCACAAAGUGCCGAAGCCGCAGCCAUCUCUUCAAGUAGCCAGCCCCAUCGAUCUUCUCAACCCUGAUCGCUAUGAAUUCUACACAUUCGAUGAGAAUGGUGAGCUGGUGAAACGCCUAAUGACAAUGGAAGAAAUACAGAGUAUUGUGGCAAACGGAGAUGGUGAAAACUCAUCCAUUAUACAGCAUGUGCCCAUAGAUGAUCGUGAACCGGAAAAGAAUGUCCAAGACAUAGUUGAUAGUGUGCAGAAUGUUUUGAAUAAGGAAGUGGAAUCGAACAAGAAUAUAUCUAAAGAUGCAUUGCCUAUUUUGGAUACACCCGAUGUGUCCUCAUCGUGGUCAAUGAUUUUACCGGCGAUUUUUGGUAAUGGCGGCGGCAGUGAUAUUUUCCCACAACAGAAACCCCAACAAAUCGUCAUGACACCAGACUCAGAACUGCUUGAGACCUCAACGAGUGUAGUGUCCAACACGCAUGUGACGAAACGUCCGAAGCCGAACAAACGUAAGCCAGGUCAAAAACGUAAGCCAACUACACCGGCGCCCACCACUACAUCCACAGCAAUCACACCACAAGUUGUGCAAGAGGAAUUAGAUCCUCAUGACUCUGUCUAUACCGGAAUGCAACAGUAUCAAAAUGUGGCUGCAAAUAUGCAACACUUUGACGGCUUCUCGCAGCUUCAAAUGCAACCUAUCUAUCACAAGCUACCCGAAUAUACACAAAUGGACACCACCACACGACGUGUUUUCGUCAACAAUCAAGAAAUAAUACAAAGUGUAGCUACAAUACGUCCCAUAGUGGCAGAAGAUAAGGUCGAAUUGGAUGAAAGCUAUGGCAAGAGACCACCUGUGGUCGUGCACAAGCGUCCAGUGGCACCGCAUCGUCAUAAGACGCCGAACGGCGGUGAUGGUUCAAGUACGACCAAGAAGCCAGCAGGUGCGCACAAUAAGCAGAAGAUAAAGAAGAAGCCGUCUACAACGACAACAACAACAACAACACCGGUACCGACCACCACCUCAACUACGACAACAACCACGACACCUGAGCCGACCACCACAACAUCUACCACUACAACAACUACAACUACCACAACAACUACAACUACACCAGCACCUACCACAACAACAACCACUACAACUACACCAGCGCCCACAACUACGACACCUGCACCCACUACAACAACCACGACCACACAGAAGCCAACCGCACCUAAAAAGAAAAAGAAGAAGCCGACACGUCAGCCUGCACCAGGCACUGGCAAACCACAUCCAGCUGGUGAGAAACGUAAACCAGCUACUGGCAAGCCACGCCCUACUAGUGUUACCCAGCACAACGCACACAAGCACCAACAAGCCGGCAAUGGAGAGCAUACUGGCGACAAGCAUCAUCCAGCCGCCGACGUGCCCGAGCCCGCACCCACGACCAUCGAGCCAACGAUCAGUAAACACAAUAACACGCUGAGCCACAAACCGAAUAGAACGCGUCCACGUCCACACAAAAAACCAAUUCCCUCAACUACUACCACUACAACCACCACACCAGUACCAACAACAACCACAACUUCAACUACUACUACAACAACUACGACUACUCCAGCGCCCACUACCACUACAACGACUACAACAACAGAAGCACCUACCACCACUACAAGUACAGAAAAUACAUUGGUCGUAGAACAUUUCCCAGGUUAUCAUCCAAUACACGUCAAACCUUCACAUGCCAAUAAGCGUCCUGGUGUAUCCGUUUAUCCAGUGCCCGACUACAAACCCGAAACGCUUGAAGCGCAAGAGGCCGCUGUUGAGUCUGACACUGCUGAUUAUGGGCAAUUCAAGCGCAAACCUUUACCAUCACUUGCACAAAUUCAGCAGCAGCACCACAAACCGGCUGACAAACCAAUAUUAUUAGAAGAUCAAAAUACAAUGUCUUCAUUCGAUCAAAUUAUGGAGUCUCUUAAAGAGGAGCUGACGCAAAAGACGGAAACAGAUAUAAAUGAGUCAAGCGCUUCCGAAUCGCGACCUGUGACGGACAUACCUUUGGAGGCACCAAUAACUGAAGCACCAUUAUUCGCGUCCGCCGAUAGUAGCUCAGUCCCACAUUCAGGCGCAAACGUAGAGCAAGCAGAAAACAUAACAAUACACCCGCAAUUCGCCAAUACAAUGAGGCCACUAACCGUGGUGGCAACAGCUGAAGAGGCAACGAAGAAAACUACUACACAGGCUAUAUUAGAUCAAGAUGCAAGUCAAGAGCAGAUCGAACAGGAGAUAUCAGAUAGCACAAAUAUUUCAGAGUAUUCAAUCGAAGAAAAAGAACCUGUUGAAAGUGAACCAGGUACAGUGGGCAAUCUUGAAAACCAGGAAACUGAUAAGAAUGGUGGAGAUUUGUCACAUGUAGUUAAAUUUGAACCACUUUACGCUGAUGUUCAGGAACCAAUUGUUACGGAAGUAACAACAGUUUCGUCCCUCGUUGAAGAUGACACAACUGUAGUGGAAGUGAUCGAUGAAGUGGACGUGCAAACGGUACAUUCUAGUACGCCAUUGGCAGGAGGCAGUAGCACUGAAUACCACGCACCACCAAUAAUGCAUUCGCCAGUUACACAGAAGGUUGCGGGUAUGAUUGCAGAAGAUAGUUUAUCUACAGAACCGCCGCCACAGGUAGCGGAUCUAAAGCCACACUUGAACAUGGAUGUACUUAAACCGAUGGAUCAAAUAAACAUGUCUGACUUCCAAACGCAGGCGGCCACAGUGGCUUCGACGCUGGUGGAUGGCACAAACACAGUUGCUUCCGAUCCACUUAUGAACACCAAUGAAACGCGCAGUGAAAUUGAUUUUCUGAUGUCCGAUGUUAUACAACAAAUGACUGGGCAAAAAAUUGAUUCAGAUCGGCCUGAUCCCAUAGAAGAUGGCAACCGAUUAACGAACUUUGCGCAAUUAAACUCAUCCUUCUUGCUAAAACCAUCUCAGUCAGCGAUGGAACAAAGUAAUGUAGACGACAGUUUACCGGUUUAUGGAGGCAUAACAAUUACUAGUAGUGCAACAAUUCCAUCCCCUGCUAAAGUGUCUGCGGAAGUGGCCAGUGUAAAACCGAUGUUGGUACCAACAACAGAACCACUCAGCCAAGCAGAAUAUGAACAGACAACUGAGAUCGACACUACAACAGAAUAUACUGAGACAUAUACUUCACAAGAAGAUGUUAAAAUAGAGGCGGAGAAAACGGAUGACAAACUAGAUAGUACAGAAAACCUCGAGAAGGAACACAAGGCUGAACUAUCAAUGGAAAACACAGAAAAAGAGGAGACUGAGCAUACGCCUGAAAUACAACAAGAAAUACUCGAUAAGAAUGAAGCGAAAUAUAGUGACCAAACACAACUCGAUGCUUCCGAGAAAUACGAAGUAGAACAUAACGUCCCAACACAAGCGAACAGUAUCGAAAAGGAAGAAAUGGGACAUAACACGCAAAAGCAAGACAUAGUGGAACAUAAAACUGAGCUUCAACCGGAGAGUUCCGAAAAAUACAAAGUGGUAGAUAAGCCUUUAAUACAAAUUGUUAGUCCAGAAGAAGACAAAGUUGUGGCGCCUAUAUCGGAAGGAGUUGCGCAAGAAACCACUACAGUGGAAGUUCUAAUACCGUCUUUGUCACAUAUUUAUGAAUCACAACAACAAGAAUUCGAAGAUAAAGAAGCCUUAUAUAGUGCAGAGAAGGGAAAAGAGCCUACCCAAUCCGACGUAACUCAAACACAACAAAGUAAUAUAUCUUCGGAGCCACUUAAUGAAUCAGAGACUAUUUUAAUGGAAGAACAGAUGAGUGCCGAAGGAAGUAAGGAAGAGAAGAAAGAAGAAAUGACAAGUGCCGAAGUGAUUAUUACGGAAAUAGAGAAGACGAAUGAAACAGAAAUGGAAAAGCCUAGCAAACAGAACGGUAGCGGGGAAAACCCUACGCAAGCGGAAUUUGCUGAAACGACGGAAGAGUUUACUGUACAAACUGAGACCAAUUUAAUGGAUGAAGUAACAGAAAAAUUUAUGACUGAGAAGGAAGAACCCAGUGAGGAACACAGCUCGGCUGAGGCACUUGAAGAAACGACUAGUGAAGUGGGGGUAGAUAAUAAACUCGAAAUGCAGGCAAUGCAAUCUACAGAGGUGCCCAAUGAAACUAAAGAAACACAGACAAGUCAUUCAAAGGAAGAAGUAGAGGAGCAAGCCAAUCUUCAAAACGAAAGUACUGAAGAAGAUGCCAGUGAGUCGAAUAAAAGUGACACAGUAGAGGCUGUUAGUCUUGCAAGUGAAAAUAAUUUCAGCGAAAAAGAUGACAGUGAAAAAGGGCCGACCGAAAGUUUCACAAAUGAAACCACUAAAACAGACUCAGAAGAUACUAAUGAAAAAGAAAGCAAAGAGAAAGAGUCCUUAGAAAAGGAUCAAACCAGCGAUCACAUUGUCACAAUCACUGCGGAUAUUAACGAUAUUGUUGCUGAGGAAACCAAUUAUUCUGUAACAAAACCAGAUUCCACGGAAUCAUACGACAGUUCAACAGAAAAAGAAACUACUGCUAUGGAAGAAGAUAAUGUGACGAAUGCUGCAAAUUUGCAACUUCAAUACACCAACGUACCAACAACAGAAAAGUACGUAACAACUGAAGAAGAAGAAGGAAGCAGUGAAGCAAUUGAAAUUGAAGUGACAACAAACCAGUCAGUCGAUCAAAGUAUUACAUCUGAAAAGGUUACGUCAGCAGAUGAGAAUGAAGAUGCAGAACCAGAAACUGCUACAGAUGUUACCAUUAUGAUUUCAGAUGAGAUAGAUAGUACGGAAUCUGAUGAAGAUCCUUAUAUUAAACUUGGGGAGUCUACCACAAAAUACACUGAAAAGCCAAUUAAGGAAGAUGAUAAUGGUAUGGAUGCAGAAGAAGACUCAUCAAGUGCUGAAGAAACCGACAUUGAGGUUACAUCGCCAACUUUACCACAGGUAAUACAGUUAGCUGUGUCGGAGCCGCCAAAGGCUGCCGAAGUGGCACCACCAAAAUUAGCUGACGCAGAGAGCGAAAAAGCGGUGGAAGUCAUUACAACCAAACCAGAAAUUGACAUAAAUACAUCCCAGGAGGCGGAAUUGCCUGAAACCACUGAACAUAUACCAAUCGAACAAACAAGCAAACCUAUUCAAACAUCUGUUACACAACAACGCCCGCAAAUAUCACAACUCAACUACAACUACCGUCCUGAUCCACAAAAUCCGCUGGAUGCAGGCGACCAAACCACUUAUAUCAUACCGAGAUUCCCCACAAUUCCAGUUCUCGCUGCAUUAUCAACACCCAUGGGAGGUGUGGCUUCUUCCACAUCCACCAGUUCCACCACUUCGACUUCCACUACUACUACAACUACAACUUCUACCCCCAAACCCACACCCACAACCACAACCACAAAGCGCGUACACACGCUGAAACCCGUCUCGUACUAUAAUAAACAAUCAGGCAUAAAUGCGGCAAAACCAGCCGAACCCACGAAAAUUAUACCCUACGCAGCCAGUACUACCCAGCAGCGUCCUAUGCAGCGACCAGCACAACUGAACAACUUGAUGGCCACCUCUACGCAGGCAACCCGACCACCAGUUAAAAUGGAACCCAGUCCUUCAAACUCGAAGGGACUCGAAGCAUCUAUAACCAACUUAGACGAAGAUCUGCAAUCCUUUGUCAAACUCUGCAAUGAAUUGGCAUUUAGUUAUUGGAAGUCCAUUACAUCGGAAAAGAUUAGUUCUGCACGCAGUUUGGUGGUAUCACCAUUUGCGCUAACCUCGAUGCUUUCAAUGGUUUUCCUGGGUGCACGUGGCAGCACAUCUGGCGAAAUGAAUGAAGUACUCAAAUUGGAUGACAUGGUCACCUUCAAUCCACAUUUAGUUUUCAGAAAUAUUACCGAUUCAGUAGAACAUGCCACUGAUAGCGACAUUGCGACAACAGCAUUCGUGCGCGAGAUAUUCAGCGAUCGCGCAAAUGGCAAAAUACUGCAAUUCUUCAAGGAGAAGACCCAACAAUUCUAUUCGGGCCAUGUAGAGGAAGUGAAUUUCCAUGUGGUAAACGAUGUAAUACGUCGCCGUACAAAUUUGCUCGUUAAACGCCAUACAAUGGGCAAAGUGUUGGAAUAUUUACGCACAAAUAGUCUUUGGGUUAACGGACCGCUGGCGACCAUUUCUGCUAAUCUUUUCCAAACAGACUGCAAACGCGGCUCUACACAAUUGACGGAUGGCGAAAUGUUCUUCCAAGUGCAUCCAUCGGUGCGGCAACGUCGUCUAAUACCUAUUCCUGCUGUUUUGUACAAGAGCGGUUUCACCGCUGGCUAUGAGCCCAAUUUGGAUUCAACAAUUGUAGCAUUCGGCAGCAUUCAAGAUACCGUAAGCAUAGUUUAUGUUAUGCCCGGCCAUCAGAGCACACUUUCGCCAGCAGAGAGUUUGGAGCGGCUUGAGCGAGAGCUUGUGGAACAGGCCUUUAGCAAGAAUGCUUGGAGUAAAAUACUCACUUCGUUGAUGGACCGUCCAGGCAUGGAGGUGCAACUGCCACGUUUCUCGCAUAGAUCUUUCGUAAAUGCUUCACUAGGCUUACAGAAAAUGGGGCUGAAAGGACUUUUUAAGUCAGAUUACGCCGACUUGCGUGGCCUUACUGGCUCUUCCAAUCGUGACAUUUAUCUCUCCGAUGUCAUACAAAUCAAUACCUUCAGCACUUGUGGUGAGGAGAAGAUUGCUGAUCAUCAUCACGUGGAAAUGUAUCCAGCACCACCGCUGCGUAAACGAAACAAAGACCUCGGAGCUAAUGACGAUGGUGCCUACGAUUCAUCCGAGGCUGUUAUCGAUUUUGGCUCGCUGGUACAUGACUCUGCGCUGGGACGUGGAUUCUAUGACGAUCUACUAGAUCCCAAAUAUCUUGAGCUGCCACUUUCGUUGCGACCACGACAAGCACGUGUACCCGAUGCGCCACGACUACGUUUCGACAAACCAUUCCUGUAUUUUGUGCGCCACAACCCAACCGGUAUUAUACUCUUCAUGGGACGAUUCAACCCACGACUACUGCCAUGAAGGAUUUAUGCUGAUAGCAGCCAUUCGUCAAGCUGUAGGCGCAUGCGCGAAUUUUUACGACUCAGAAGACUAAAAGAACGUUAAAAGAAAAAAAAAACCAAAUUGAAAAUGCUAUGCAAUUAAUUUUAUUUUAUGGCAUUUCAAUAUGAUUCGUAUGAAAAUUUUAAUGCCCGCGUGUCUGGUAACGUCAUAUUCGCAUUUUGUUUGCCUAUAUGCGAAGAUAAGCCAAACUAACAUUUUUGUUUAGCGAAUAUUUUCGUAAGUUGAACGAAUUUUUAGUGAAUUUUUUUUUUUUUUUUUAAUAUUUCGAAUAUUUUAUUUUAUUUUGAACAGUUAGCAUUUAGAUUCAAAUAAAUUAUAUUUAAUUCGAAUGUAGUACCGCACGACGAAGGUACCGUUGGCGAGAAUUGUUUUUGUUGUGCCUUAAUCACGAAUCACCCACACCCGCAACCGCUCCCGCAACAGCAUCCACACUACUUGUACACGUGCACACAUACACACACCCACACACGAGUGAUGGUUUUUGUGCACGGGUCAUUUGGAUUCGAGAUUGAUGCGCUACAUGCAACUUGAGAUAUUUGUACGCUAUGCUAAAUAUUACUUUUAGGUUACGAAAUAUAAUAAUUUUUCUAUGCACUUACUGUUAACAUAAACUCUGUUUUUUUGUUUUUAUUUUUACUUCUGCAUUUUAUUAUUUUUAUAGUAUUUGUAUUAUCGAAACCCACACACUAAACUAACUACUUUCAUUUCAUUAACUCAAACUUAUUGCAUGAAUUACAAAAAUGCGAACACAUAAAAAUAUUUUAUUAUUUACAAAACGAUGAAGUACGAAAUAAUGGUUUCUGUUUCGCUGAUAUACGUAGUAAAAGUUAUAGCAUAUACAUACAUACAUAUAUACACACGCAUAUGUAUAUACAUACAUUUAAGAGGCAUAUUUGAGAGUGUUUGUCCAUAAGUAAUCAUAUAGUUAUUUAAAUACGAAAUUAAAUGUACGUCGUUAAAAGAAGUUACAA